AGGGCAGGGAAAGGAAGUGGGUGGAGGCAGGAGGGUGGACCAGCCCCCAGCGGGACCCUGCGGGCUCCAGCCUGAGGACUCCUCUCUCUGCCUCUCUCCCUGGCUGUGGGUUGUGAAUCGUUCUGCUUAAAUCUGCUGGGAUGUGUGGCAGAUUCCUGCGGCAGUUGCUGGCAGAGGAGAGCCGCCACUCUACCCCUGUGGGGCGCCUCCUGCUUCCCGUUCUCCUGGGAUUCCGCCUUGUGCUGCUGGCUGCCAGUGGGCCUGGAGUCUAUGGCGAUGAGCAGAGUGAAUUCGUGUGUCACACCCAGCAGCCGGGCUGCAAGGCUGCCUGCUUCGAUGUUUUCCAACCCCUCUCCCCGCUGCGUUUCUGUAUCUUCCAGGUCAUCUUGGUGGCUGUACCCAGUGCCCUCUACAUGGGUUUCACCCUGUAUCACGUGAUCUGGCACUGGGAAGAAUCAGGAAAGGGGAAGGGGGAGGAGGAGGCCCUGAUCCAGGGAGGGGAGAGCAGCAGAGAUGCCCCAGGGGUUGGAAGCCUCAGGCUGCUCUGGGCUUAUGUGGCUCACCUGGGGGCUCGGCUUGUCCUGGAGGGGGCAGCCCUGGGGUUGCAGUACCACCUGUACGGGUUCCAGAUGCCCAGCUCCUUUGCAUGUCGCCGAGAGCCUUGCCUUGGUAGUAUAACCUGCAAUCUGUCCCGCCCCUCUGAGAAGACCAUUUUCCUAAAGACUAUGUUUGGAGUCAGUGGGUUCUGUCUCUUGUUUACUCUUUUGGAGCUUGUGCUUCUGGGUUUGGAGAGAUGGUGGAGGACGAAACACAAAUCUUCCAAAUGCUUCCCGACUUCAGAGAGCACCAGAAGACACAAGGCACCAACCGAUAACCUCCCAGUGGUGGAAACCAAAGAGCAGUUUCAAGAAGCAGUUCCAGGAAGAAGCUCAGCCCAGGAAAAACAAAAACCAUUUGGACCCAAAGAUGUCUGAAUUGGAGAUGAACUUUGGCCAACUUUCCUCAUCACCAUACUAAAAAUCCAGCCCAAGAAGCUUAUUCACCAUUUUCUAUACAUGUGACAUAUGUAGAAGCAUGAUUGACAACUGGGACUGUGCUGCCUUGACUCCACCUCUACAUACAAUGACUCAGAUAACCAGCCUAAUAAAAGCCAUGUUUGCACCAUUGCUCAGGGAGGCACUGCUUUGGGGUAUUAUUCUCAGUAUUCUCCUUACUUAUUACAAAUAAUAAAAUCCCCUGAGACAUCCUC